AUGUGUCCAUGUAAUAAUGCAACUGAAGAUGGUGCGACAGAUCCAAAUAAUGGUAUUGCUAUUUGUACUUGUAAACUUGGUUAUGAAAGAGAAGACAUAACAGGCAAUUGUAAAGAUAUUGACGAAUGUGAAAUUAAGACAGAUAAUUGUAAUUCAGAAAGUUCAAUUUGUAGCAACACUAUCGGAAGUUACAAAUGUAAUUGUACAAGUGGUUAUCAGUUUAUUAGUGGCUCAUGUGUUGAUAUCAAUGAAUCUACAAAUCCGGCAAGCUGUGCCAAUUAUAAUAAUGCAUUUUGUGCUAACACUAGAGGCUUGUAUGAAUGUCGAUGUAGCGCUGGCUUUUCAGUAGGAGGUAUGUUUAUAAAAGCAUUAAAUUCAGCUACUGGACGAUGUACAUGUCCAUUAUCAAUAAUGAAUCUUGUUAUUUCCUCGGAUCCAGCCAAAUACACAUGCCAUUGUCCUGGUCAUCCAUUUGUUAAUUACACUGGUGAAAAGUGUAUUCCAUCAAAUAGUACCAGUAAACUUUUUAAUAUCGAGUCAUUCUCAUCGUCAACUCUGAAAGCCGAGAUAUCCAAUACUUUACAUAGAAUGAAUAAAACGUGUAAUGAAGCAUGUUUACAAAUAAAUAAUAUUAGUGUACCACAUGUUGAUAUUGCAUAUUACACUACUUUGAAUAUAUCAUUGAAUUCUACUCAACGUGUACAACUUGUCAUUGAUUUUUAUGAUUAUAAUAUUAGUAUAAAUAGUAGUUACGAUGUAACAAUAAGAAUUAUUAUAAAUGAUUUAUAUGGAAAGCUGGAAACUUUCUCAAGUAAACCACGACGCUGCGAAGAAUGUAUAUUUUUGGCUACUGGCGUUUGUAAUUUGACCGAAGAUGCUUGCAUAUGUAUUCCUGGUUUUGAAGGUAAAUUUUGUUAUGAUCGUGCUGAAACAACAAAGCCAACUACACAAUCAUCAUCGACUACAAAUUGGACAAUUACUGUUGUUAUUAUAAGUGCUAUAGCUGGCCUAAUGAAUUCAAUUAUAAAGGUCGAUAUUUUAAGUUAUAGUUAA